AUGUCUUCUUUCAUACCCGGCCUCACUUGUGUAGCACCUUUGUACGCUUUUCAUGUGCCAUGCGCAGUUCCAACUAGAUUGCAGUUGCGAGGUACUCACAAAGACCUUGGCAGAACUGGACAUGUUUUGACCAAGCGAAGGGUGAAGUCUUUCGUCGCUCGAGCAGAUGUGCCUCUUCCGCUUGCUUCUGUGGCUUCUUCAACACCAUUAAAUGCUUUCAAUCGAAUCUCAGUAGGAAUUGCUGGAGUGGCUUUGGCAAUCGCUUUAUCAAACGCAUCAACAUUCUCGCCACACCAUCAUGGCGAUGCGCACUUCGUAGUCGCUUCAGCAUUUGCUGAAACUGAAACCGCGACAAAUUUUUCAGUGUCAUCCUUAUCCGUGGAGGAACGUAAGGCACUUCGGGAAGAGUCUCGCCGUCACACAAGGGCUGCAGGGAAGGUCGCACAAAAUUUUGCACUGGCACGUCGCCAAGCUUUGGCUGGCGAUAUCCCAGAGGCACUUUCCACCUACGAUGCAAUCACAAAAUCUGACCCGGACUUUGCUCCGGCCUACUCAAAUCGCGGGAAUAUCUUCGCUGCUCAGAAGAAAUUUGAUCAGGCUAUAACUGAAUAUGACCGUUCCCUCGAGCUGGCGCCCUUGGACAACGACUCUUGGGUCGUCUUUGUGAAUCGUGGUGUUACUAAACUUGCCAGGGGAGACGACCCAUACAUAGCUUUGGCAGAUAUGAAUAUUGCCAAUGAGUUGCGUGCUGGGAAUGAUAUCAUUUUGUCAAACAGGGCUGGCGUUUGGGAGGUGAUGGGGAAGUGGGAUAACGCAAUUAGAGAUUACCAAGCUGCUCUUCAAUCAAAUGAUGUGCAACCUUUCUGGGAGCGGUACGGUCUGGUAUUGUUCCAACGAAACAAGAGUUAUGAGGCGCUGUCAAUUUUAAAAAGGGUUGCAACGAGGUUUGACGUCAGUGACGUUCAUGCGGCUAUGGCGGUCAUAUAUUUCGACAGGGGAGAUAUCGCUGAAGCAGAAACCCAAUGGAGUCUCGUUGAUCGACCUAGACUGUUUGAGAGCAAAAAGUUUUUAGUCAGUGAACGAAAAUGGCCACCCAGAGCUGUUGAAGCAAUGGAGAAUUUCCGAAAGGUCAAGGAGUGA